AUAUUUACCAAGACGACGAGAAGAUGGCGGCUGCUGUGGAUAUAGGAGCGUCUACGGAUGGGACGAUGGUUUCCAACACUUCAGACAGUCCAGUGAUAGCUGAAGAAGCUGCUGACCAAAAGAGAGAAGAACGGCUUAGAAAAUUCCGAGAGCUUCAUUUGAAAAGGAAUGAAGCCCGCAAGUUAAAUCAUCAGGAAGUUGUGGAAGAAGAUAAAAGGCUGAAGUUACCAACCAAUUGGGAGGCAAAAAAGGCUCGCUUAGAAUGGGAACUGAAAGUGGAAGAAAAAAAAAAGGACUGUCUGGUGAAAGGGGAAGAUUACGAGAGAGUAAAGCUGCUAGAAAUAAGUGCAGAAGAUGCAGAACGCUUUGAGAGGAAAAGGAGGAAGAAAAAUCCUGAUCUUGGGUUUUCAGACUAUGCAGCUGCUCAACUACGCCAGUAUCAGCGGUUGACCAGGCAAAUUAAACCUGACCUGGAAAAGUAUGACAAAUUAAGAGGAGAAAGUGGUGAAGAUUUUUUCCCAACUUCAAAUAGUUUACUCCAUGGAACUCAUGUGCCCUCCAAAGAAGGUGUUGAUAAAAUGGUUACAGAUCUUGAAAAACAAAUCCAGAAACGCGAAAAAUACAGCCGGAGACGCUCUUACAAUGACGAUGCAGAUAUUGACUACAUUAAUGAGCGGAAUGCCAAAUUCAAUAAAAAGGCUGAGAGGUUCUACGGGAAAUACACUGCAGAAAUUAAACAGAAUUUGGAAAGAGGAACAGCUGUGUAAACUGAACAGUUCAGGAGGCUGGCCUUGCCUUCUGCAUCUGGCUUCUGUAAAACCUUCAUGUGUAAAAUACGCUUUGCAAACAUGUUCUAAUGCUAGAAUGAAAUUUGCCCACGUAUAUUACUCCUCCUCUCAAAGAAGGGCAUGUUAGAAAAGUUAACUAUUAUGUAAAUGUAGAAAACCAAACUAUUUGAAGUUAGCGUUAGUGAGCCAAUUAUUUCAUUUUUUGUUUUUAACGAAGAUGAGAAUGUUGAAUCACAAAUCCAGAUUAUUUUAAUGUACCUGUGAAAUUUGAAAACCAUUACAAUUGUGUUAAUCGAUAUAUUAAUUUUGGUAGUUUGAUUAAACUAAGAGCCGUAGCAUAUAAGGCUGUUUUUAAAACACUCUUGAUAUGUUUGCUUAAUGAGCAUCUACUUUAUAAUGCAAUUAGUGGGGAGCCCCCAAAAGUAAUGAAAUAUAAUUCAGACGGAUGUGCGAAACGCAUCCAAGUAGUCUUGGCUAUUGUACACAAAAAAAGGCUGGGUUAGAAAACUCCCUCUAAAUAUUAUUUAUCUUUAGAAAUGGGUGUAAUAUUGUUUGUACAGGUGGUC